UUCAAAUGUUUUUUAAGAAGUUUCUUGUAAUGACACUUUCACUUGAAUACCCGAUUUUUUUUUGUAAAAACCAGUUACCAUCAUCAAUAAUGCCUUUAAAAAAAUCAGUUUAAGAGAAAACACGGUGACACACACAGAAUUCCAGUUUGAAAACAGUUGUGAGCUGUUUUCAAAUGUUUUGUUUUUUUUUUUGGUACCAAGUACUUCAUUCCCAUCUAUGUCAACAGAUUUUAACUUCAAACUAAGGAAAUUUGGGAUAAUAAGGACUGCUUACUGAGAUAAGGUUGCUUGUAAAAAAAAAUAUAUUGACAGUCAAGUUGUUGGUAGUUACCACUGGUGCAAGAUGCAGCAUUAAUUUAUUGUCUUUUAAUAGUUAAAGGGCCUAUUUCGUCAAGGGUUACAGUGUAAAGAUUGUAAAUAUAACUGCCACCGAAAGUGUGAGAAGUUUGUUGGCAAGACCUGCUUGGGUGAGGGAGGAAUGUUAGAAACAGGGUCUCUUGGAUCUUCUGACUCGGGUGCCAUUUCUGAAAAUUUGUCAGAAAUGGACCUUUCAAAUGACAUUCCAAAUGAACAAGAGUUUAGUGAGAACGAAACAGAGGUUGAGUCAGCAAGUCGCAGUAGUCAAGAAGACUUUGAACCAACUAGUCCCUCAUCACCAGACAAUGAGUUGCCCCAGCUGACUCCAACAAUGAGCAACAAUAUUCCACUCCAGCGGAUUGUUGUAUCUGUGAAGCAUACCAAGAGAAAAGGAUCUAAAGUGUUGAAACAGGGAUGGAUGGUGCAUUUUACCAGCAAGGAUACAUUGAGGAAAAGACAUUAUUGGAGAUUAGACACAAAGUGUUUGACACUAUUCCAAGAUUCAACAAGCAGCAGAUAUUACAAGGACAUUCAACUGUCUGAAAUACUGUCUGUUGAUUCGAAUAUCGACCCUCUGGCGACAGAUGCUACUCGAGCUCCACACUGCUUUGAAAUGAAGACAAGAGACACGGUGUACUAUGUGGGGCAAGUUGAAGAGGAGAACGAGACACCAGACCCCGACAGUGGUGUUGGGGCGGUGGCUGGACAGGCCUGGGCCAGUGUCACGCGCUCUGCUCUGAUGCCAGGUUGCGUGACACCGACAACAAGUGUUUGCCCUGCAAGCAACAAUGUCAGUAGUCCUGAUGUGGAGAUGGAAGUUACUGAUGAAGAGGAGAAAGUAAAAGAUGCUCCACUGGAUAUUAGUCAGCUUUACCAAGUAUUCCCUGACGAAAUACUUGGUUCAGGACAGUUCGGAAUUGUCUAUGGAGGAGUUCAUCGUGAAAGUGGACGAGAUGUAGCCAUCAAAGUCAUUGACAAACAACGUUUUCCCACUAAACAAGAGGCGCAGUUGAAGAAUGAAGUAGGAAUUCUUCAGCAUGUCAACCACCCAGGUGUAGUGAAUUUAGAAGAGAUGUUUGAAACCCCCGAAAGGGUGUUCGUAGUCAUGGAAAAAAUGCGAGGCGACAUGUUGGAACUUAUUUUGUCCAGUGCCAAGGGAAGAUUGGAUGAGAGAUGCACAAAGUUCCUCAUAACACAGAUUUUAGUGGCGCUUAGAGAUUUACACAGCAGAAAUAUUGUUCACUGCGACUUAAAACCGGAGAAUGUGUUGUUGUCGUCAAUAUCAUCUGAAUGUGGUUUCCCACAGAUCAAACUGUGCGACUUCGGUUUUGCUCGGAUAAUCGAAGAGAAAUCGUUCCGUCGAUCGGUGGUCGGGACUCCAGCCUAGCUCGCCCCCGAGGUCCUGCUGAAUAAAGGAUACAAUAGAUCGCUGGAUAUGUGGUCAGUCGGUGUCGUCGUUUAUGUCAGUCUUAGCGGCACUUUUCCGUUCAAUGAAGAAGAGGAUAUUCAAGAUCAAAUUCACAACGCCGCUUUUAUGUAUCCACCAGAUCCAUGGCAGGAGAUUUCACCUGAAGCAAUUGACCUUAUAAACAACCUCUUACAAGUCAAACAAAGAUGCCGUUACACAUGUGAUAAGUCGCUCAUACAUUCGUGGCUUCAGGACCAUCAGACCUGGUUAGACUUGAGGAGUCUGGAAGCAGCUGUCGGUGAACGCUACCUUACUCACGAAAGUGAUGACGCCCGAUGGGAGGCAUACGCUGAACAGCUAAAAGCGCGCCAAAACAGGGAACCUUCGCGGGAGCCAGCUCGGCCGAGCAAUAACAGAUUUUUCCCUCCAAUGUCACCAGCGGAACGCAAACUUCAAACAAGUAUUAGUUUCCUGUGAAAAGCCGUGCUUACAUUUUAAGAUAAUUAUAAGAUUCUUGUCAUUAAUUAAUAUUUUAUUUGUCGGUUCUUAUUCGUUAGGAAAACUGCGCCCACGUUUGAAAAUCUUCCAAAGUUUUCAGCCUAUUCCGGCGAAACACAGCUGUCAGGCGUCUGCGAGCGUUGUUUAAUUAAGUGGCGUGCUUGAAGGCUGUCAGAACCACGUUGUUUCACACGAGUUACAAGCCAGUAAGUUACAAUGUUUCAAUCGUCGCAGCGGAAAGAAAACCCUCUGGAUGUACGCUGUCCUUGCAGUGAAUGGAAUUUCUGUCGCUGGCAUUCUGAUUGUAACCCUCUAUAUUUUGUUACGAGCAUUGACAGAAAGGAGUUUCAUGCAAAACUCAAGCUUUCGAAAAACCCAUCUUAAACAGAGCCUGAACAGCUCCAAGUAUCAAUUUAAACGUCUCAACUUUCUUUCGCUUACUCUGCGGUUGUUUCUUAUCUUUUACAAUUUUGCGCGGGAAGUAAGCGCGGGCGUCCAGAUUUGAUCCCCGCGCAUGCUCUACGUCUGACUGCUGUGUUGUCCUGCGAUGGCUUACUUUGGGAGUGCAAACGACCGGGAGGGGUGGGUGGGACACGAAUUGUCAUAUUUUACCAAAAUUUCCCUAAAAAAAAUCCAAUGCUGCAAUUAUGACCAGUAAAUAACAGGCAGAAUUCAAUGCACACGUUUGCUUAUAUAGUGUAUUUUAUCGGUAAUGAUUAAAAAAAAAAACGACAACAUUCCAUGUCGUAAGUUAUUUGUAAGUUGUUUGUUCUAAAAUUUAGUACAAGGAUUGUGUUGUCAAUGAAGAUGGUUUAUGCUUAGCUGCUUAAAGGAAUUGAAACGUAGUCACCGUUCAUAGUAUUUAAGACUAUUUCAAAAUUUCACUUUUGUAUUUUGGUGUGGAAAAGUGGAAUGUUUGCAUAUGUGCAAUCUCGCUCCCAGUGCCCUCGUUAUCUCUGUCCAGCGAAUUGGCUGACGAAACAAACAAAAUGUCACUGACAGAGUAGUUUGCUAUUGAGCAUCGAAAAAAUAAAACCAAUCAACAAAGAUUAACUUUAUCAUUAACCAAUGAGAACUCAAAAGACAGGAAAAGUGCUUGAAGCACGGGAAAACGCAGGUCACCAUGUUAAGUCUUGCAUUUGAUUGGUUGAGAAGCUGACGCGAGUUUUCUAGACUAAUCACAGAGCGAAGCGCGAAACCAAAGCAAUCCUGUAUAACUUUCGACACUCAAUUGAAUUUGUCUCUAAAACACACAAUAGGAUACAGAUUUUUGUUCGGACUUCAAUGAGCGGGCUCGACCACAGAAUCUUACGAUCCGAGCUGCUGACCGAAUGGAUCGCGGUCGCGGUGCUGGGAACGAGAUUGGCAUAUCUAUGAAACUGAGUUAUCCCUGCGCGCGUAGUUGAUUCACACUGUAAGGGUUGACCUGGAAAAUUCCAAACUUAUGAUGCAAUCCUAAAUAAAUCCGUUCAGUGUCUCUGAUUGGGUAAUACAAUAACCAAUCAGAUACGCCACCUGGAACUCAAGCGUCAUAUCAUCAGAAUGGAAUUCAUGGGGUUAAACCUCGUUUCCAAACAGCAAAAUUCUCUGCACGAUAAUAAGAUGUGUACCUUAUUUUCAGUAAGAUAACUAAAGCUGCAAAGUUCUUAUGGCUUUAACAAAACCGCGUAAGAUAGCUUCAACACGAAACAGAAGACAGUGUACAGAGUAGCCGUUGAAUUUAAAAUGUGCAGAAGCUGAAGAAAUUUUUUUAGAGAAAAAUACCAUUGUAAAAUAAACUAAUUUUCACUCACUAUUUUGUGGAUGUGAUUGUUUCGCGUUAUGGACGAUGAAAAGUUCUGGCAUGAGAAAUUUGUCGUGGUUGGAAUAACAUUUGGCCACGUACUCGACGGAAAAAUGUAUGGAAAGACGGAAGGGUCGUCGUCCAGAAUUUGUCGGUGUCUGCUCCCCCUUUUCUUUCCUUGAUUGAUUUGUACAAUCUGAGUUGCUCUUUGCCCAGAUUCUGGAGAUAGAACUCUCCUAUCACCACGAUUUGCCAUGAAAAAUUUCGCAUAAGUAACAACCUAUCACCAGAAAACACCUUAGGCACUGUGUACACGGACGUAGUUUCAUUUGUAACCGCAUCGGUCUCAAUGCGGUUACGCCUUUCGUUUACACGGCGCCGGUCGAGUUCGCUAUCAGAACCGGGUCGUUCCAAAAACGCUUUCAAAAGUGGAGCGUUUUCAAAACGAUGCGUUUUCAUUGGUCGUGUAAACGAAAGACGUAACCGCAUCGAAACCGAUGCGGUUACAAAUCAAACCGCGUCCGUGUAAACAGUGCCUUAUUAGUAAUCAGAAGGAAAUUUAGAGCCCAGUUUCUAACGAUUCUGCGCGGAAAAGUGAUUGGCAGUAAGAAUUAGAAAAGACAAUGCAAUAUUCAAACUCUUAAUGUAUAUUUCUGUUUCCACACAAAUAAUCAUAUUAAAAGAAAAUCAAUUCAAAAAUGUGCUUUAAGCUAAGUAUCUGGGGAAAAAUUACCAAAUCAAUGACAACAAAAAAAUACCGAUUAGACAAUUCUUUUCUCCCCUGUAUAUUACACGUAAGACCAAUCGAGGUGUCACAUAACUUAUUUGUUGUCGCGAAAUUUGAAAGAUUGAAGUGGGUGCAUUUUUUGUUGUUAAUAGGCUAUGAAACUCAAAGAAACUAUGACACUUUUCGGUGCAGAGAGUUCUUAACAACUUUGCGUCGUGGUUAAGUAGAGUGUAGGUGCCACUAUUUUUCAUGCUUCGCAUAUAAUUUUUUUUUCAAAACAAUCCGAAAAAAUGUUGAUAGGAAAGUCUACUUUUGGGCGAAAAUGAUGAAAGAGUCGUUUCGCUCUGGCGUAAAAACAAACGCCAACUUGGAAUAAUUUCAAGUAUAGGAGCAAAGCACA